AUGCCGCGGGGGAUUCCCAACGCUAGGCGAGACGAGAAUGCAAUGCGAUACACCUCGUUCCAUGUCCCUUUACCGCUAAAUCCGAAACACUCUGGGACGCACUAUUACAAGUCAGAGUCACAGACUCUCUGGUAUAGGAAUGCUGCUCGUGCUGCCGUAGCGAGCAGAGGAAGGGCUAUCACAGAGGAUGUAGUUUCUGAGGGAAGACGAGGAUCGAAAACGCUAGUAAUACAUCCAGGAUCGCGCUUUCUACGCGUAGGAAGAGCAUCAGACGUUACUCCAGUGACCGUCCCAAAUGUUAUUGCAAGGAAGGAAAAACCACCGGUCCCUGAACCCACGUACGUCGAGGGCAUUUCACGCCCGCGCAAGGACAAGGCUCGCGUGCAGUCGUCCGCUCUCCCACCGAACGGCGAUGAGUAUUCCGUUGCACUGAACUCUGACGAUCCGUUCGACAUGAAAGUCGCAGCAAUCACGAUUUCGUUACGAGACCGUAUGCGAUUCUACAAGCUACGUGUGACUCAGAAUGCCGCGACGAUCGCAUCCACGUUCAAUGAGCAGUUCGUACCAGAGGUCAUUGCCGAAGAUAACGACCCCUUCCAGAUAGACUGGAUUGACGAAGCGACGGAAGAUUACUUCGUUGGCGAAGAUGCAUUCCGGUUGGCAGAUCCGCACAACAUGGGCUAUGCGGUCCGGUGGCCGGUUCACGGCGGGCGGUUCAACACACGCGACUACCCUUCCAACGAGAUGAUCCUGAACGAUGUUGAGACCAUCCUCCGCGCGACGCUGAAGAAUAUGCUGGGCAUCGAGAGACGCUCGUAUAGGGAAUAUUCCGUUGUGCUCGUGAUACCUGAUUUCUACGACCGCUUCUACGUCGAGUACUUCGUGCGCAUGCUCCUCGUCACCAUGGGCUUCAAGCAGCUGUGUGUCCAGCAAGAAUCUCUCGCGGCGACGUACGGCGCGGGAAUUUCCAACGCAUGUGUCGUGGACAUGGGCGCAACGAAGACGAGCAUCGCGUGCGUCGACGACGGGAUGGUCAUCCCCGACACCAGGAUGUCGCUCAACAUGAGCGGAGACGACAUCACAGAGUUCCUCUACGUACUCCUCGAGCGGAUCAGCUUCCCAUACAGGGACGUCAACCUUGCGCGCUCGUACGACUGGCACGUCCUCGAGGACCUCAAGGCGCGGCUAUGCACGCUUGCGGAGGGUGAUGUUGCACUUAACCUAUACGACUUUGUCGUCCGGAGACCAAAUAAACCGACAGAGAAGUACGGGCUGCGGGCAUACGAUGAGAUUAUCCUCGCACCGAUGUGCCUUUUUGAGCCUCGCGUCAUCGAGUUCGACAAUAAACGCUUGGGCAUGCGCCCGUUCUCGAACCCUGAUGUCUCAGAGGACAUCAUCGAAAGCAUCUCUGACCGCUGGAAUCCCGAUCGAUGGACCCAAGCCAUGGUGAUCUCUACGCAGCACCUGCUACCGACGGCCGUGCCAAUCACCAUGCCCGUGGACGUGCAGUCCAUCCCUCCAUCAGGCCCCCAGACGCCGGGCAUCGGGGUGCAGCCGGCAUUCAUAGUUAUGCCCCAACCAACACCCGCAGGCCCGUCUGUCGAACCGACCGACGCGGGCAGCACGCCAAAAACGGCACCCGACACUCCCGUCGGCGGCGCCUCCACGACACCGGUCCCCAGCGAUUCUACCCAAGCGCAGCCCGAAGUGAAGGAAGAAGCGUCAACGACAGCGGACACUACGCCCACGCCGGGCCCCGCGUCCACGGCCGGCACAACGCCUGUGCCAGGGAGCGCACGCACGGUAGGCGAGGGUACUGUGGACAUGCCGAUGGAGAUCAUCGACGUAGAAGACAGCAAGUCGACCAUACCGUCGACUCCGGCGGGCGCGCCGCUCGUGGCGCCUACGCCCGUGCCCGUGCAGGCCGUCUAUCCCGGUGGGUACCCGAUCGACGUGUGCUUCGAAGCGAGCAAGCUACCGCUGGACGUCGCUAUCUUCAACAGCGCGCGUGCAGCGGGCGGGGACGAGAAGAUUAAGAAAUACUUGCAGGCGGUGCUGGUUAUUGGCGGGACGGCCCUCGUUCCCGGGAUGGCACAUGCGUUGGAGAGCAGAUUACAGGCGAUAGCGACGCCGCUGGUGCCCAACAUGGAGAAAGUUCAAAUUAUUCCACCACCGAAGGACGUCGACCCCCGCGUUCUCGCAUGGAAGGGAGCAGCGGUGCUCGCGAGAAUGGACGGGGUCUCCGACCUCUGGAUCACACCCACAGAUUGGGACAUUCUUGGGAUGCGCGGCCUGAAGGAACGCUGCUUCUACCUUUGA